AUGGAGCCCCGGCAGGAUCUGUACAACACUCUGCCAGAGGACCUCGGUGACUUUGUGGAGAAGAGCCUCGUGCCCGACGGGGAGUGGAAGAGGGAGGAGCAGGAUGCCUGGCACCGAUGUUCCACUUUCUUAAUGGAUCACUGCUUCCAGGAUCAGCUGGUGGCAGGCCAAGAGGUCCGGGUGCUGAAGGUGAUGAAGGGUGGCUCCUACGGAAAGGGGACAAUGCUGAACCACACCUCCGACGUGGACUUGAUCCUAUUCCUGAGCUGUUUCUCCAGUUUCCAAGACCAAGCAGACCUCUGUAAGGACAUCAUCGACUUCAUCGAGAAGAAAGUGGAACACUGCAGCCAGAGCUUGGGCUACAACCUCUCUGUGAUUCCCCACUGGGGCAGGAGCCCCCGCUCCCUGGCCAUCCAGGUCCAGGCCAAGAAGAACAGCGAUGUCAUCAAAGUGGACGUGCUCCCGGCUUUCGACGUUCUGGGAAAUGCCUCCCCAGACUCUAAGCUGCCACAGGAAAUCUAUGAAGACUUAAUAACCUGCGGAGGCUCCCCUGGAGAGUUCUCCUCCUGCUUCACGGUCUUGCAUCGACACUUCGUGAAAAGUCGCCCCGUAAAGGUCAAGAACCUCCUGCGGCUGGUGAAACACUGGUGGUACCUGCAGCAUCAGAAACACAAACAUGCAAAAGUGGCCUUGCCUCCCAAAUACGCCCUGGAGCUGCUGACCAUCUACGCCUGGGAAACAGGCACCAAUGAAAGUGAGAAUUUCGACCUGGCCGAAGGCUUUAGAGCAGUGAUGGAGCUUGUCCAAGAUUACAAUGAUAUCUGCAUCUACUGGACCAAGUACUAUAACUUCCAAAAUGAGGCUGUCAGAAUCUUUAUCAAAAAACAGCUGAAGGAAGAAAGGCCCGUGAUCUUGGACCCUGCAGAUCCCACCAACAAUCUGGCGAGAGGAAAGAGAUGGGAUGUGAUGGCCAAAGAGGCUGCCUACACCCUGCAACAGGCCUGCUGCAGCACCGUGGACCCGUGGCCAGUGCAAGCAGCAAGAGACGUUCAGGUGAAAGUGAAGGUACUAGGUGAGGGGGUUCAGACGCUCAUGGUGGACCCCUACAGACCCAUCUGGAAGAUGAAAAAGAGCAUCAAGGAGAUGUGGCCCCUCAGCGGGCAGCAGCGGCUCUCCUUCCAGGAGCCCGGAGAAGAGCGGCAACUACUCAGCAGCUCCAAGACGCUGGCAGAUUACGGGCUCUUUGCCAGGGUGACAGUCUCAGUUCUGGUGACAGAGCCUGGGGAGAUCCAGGUCUUUGUGAAGGACAGCAGCGGCCGCAGCAAGCCCUAUGCCGUCUACCCUUAUGACUCCAUCUCUGACCUGAAGGAGAAGAUUGAGGAGGCAGGGGGACCCCCGGCAGAGGACCAGAUACUCAAGUUCCCAGGCCACAAAGUGCGUUAUAGUAGCAAUCUCUCAGAACUGCAGGUCCAAGACGGUGACACCUUCCUGCUAUUCAGGACAGAUUACUAUGGCCACCAUCUUUCAGAAUCCAAUGAAAAGCCCAGAUACCAAGAGCAUCGGUCGGAGAUGGGGCUCCGGCAGGAUCUGUACAACACUCUGGCAGAGGACCUCGGUGACUUCGUGGAGGAGAGCCUCGUGCCCGACGAGGAGUGGGAGAGGGACGAGCAGGAUGCCUGGCACCGAUGUGCCACUUUCUUAAAGGAUCACUGCUUCCAGGGUCAGCUGGUGGCAGGCCAAGAGGUCCGGGUGCUGAAGGUGAUGAAGGGUGGCUCCUACGGAAAGGGGACAUCACUGAAACACACCUCCGACGUGGACUUGAUCCUAUUCCUGAGCUGUUUCUCCGGCUUCCAAGACCAAGCAGACCUCCGUAAGGAAAUCAUUGAUUUCAUCAAGAAGAAAGUGGAACACUGCAGCCAGAGUUUGGCCUACAGCAUCUCUGUGAUUCCCUACUGGGGCAGGAACCCCCGCUCCCUGGCCAUCCAGGUCCAGGCCAAGAAGAACAGCAAUGUCAUCAAAGUGGACGUGCUCCCGGCCUUUGACGUUCUGGGAAAUGCCUCCCCAGACUCUAAUCUGCCACAGGAAAUCUUUGAAAAAUUAAUAAACUUCGAAGGCUCCCCUGGGGAGUUCUCCUCCAGCUUCACGGUCUUGCAUCGACACUUUGUGAGAACUCGCCCCAUAAAGGUCAAGAACCUCCUGCGGCUGGUGAAACACUGGUGGUACCUGCAGCAUAAGAUAUACAAACGUGCAAAAGUGGCCUUGCCUCCCAAAUACGCCCUGGAGCUGCUGACCAUCUACGCCUGGGAAACAGGCACCGACGAAAGUGAGAAUUUCGACCUAGCUGAAGGCUUUAAAGCAGUGAUGAAGCUUGUUCGAGAUUACAAUAAUAUCUGCAUCUACUGGACCAAGUACUAUAACUUCCAAAAUGAGGCUGUCAGUAUAUUUAUCAAAGAAAAGCUGAAGGAAGAAAGGCCCGUGAUCUUGGACCCUGCAGAUCCCACCAACAACCUGGGGAGAGGAAAGAGCUGGGAUGUGAUGGCCAAAGAGGCUGCCUACACCCUGCAACAGGACUGCUGCAGCACCGUGGACCCGUGGCCAGUGCGAGCGGCAAGAGACGUUCAGGUGAAAGUGGAGGUGCCAGGUAAUUGGGUCUUGAUGCUCAUGGUGGACCCCUACAGACCCAUCUGGAAGAUGAAAAAGAGCAUCGAGGAGAUGUGGCACCCCAGCGGGCAGCAGCGGCUCUCCUUCCAGGAGCCCGGAGAAGAGCGGAAAGAACUCAGCAACUUCAAGACACUGGCGGAUUACGGGAUUUUUGCCAGGGUGACAGUCUCGGUUCUGGUGACAGAGCCUGGAGAGAUCCAGGUCUUUGUGAAGGACAGCAGCGGCCGCAGCAAGCCCUAUGCCGUCUACCCCGGUGACUCCAUCUCUUACCUGAAAGAGAAGAUUGAGGAGGCAGGGGGACCCCCGGCAAAGGACCAGAUACUCAAGUUCCCAGGCCACAAAGUGCAUUAUAGUAGCAAUCUCUCAGAACUGCAGGUCCAAGACGGUGACACCUUCCGGCUAUUCAGGAUAGGGACUAGUAAUCUAUCCUGA